AUGGACAAGACCGAACGCUCCAACUCUGUCUCUUCUGAUUCCUCCGUCACGUCCCCAAUCUCCCCAACCAGAUCAGGCCGCCGCGGCUCAGGCCCUCUCUUCGCCUCGCUCCACGAGAACAAGCGGCCCAACGACCCCACCCUCGUCGCGCGUCGCGCGAGCUUGAACGAGCAGAGGCCACCCCCGGGCCUCUUUGGCAAGAUGUGGAACAACUGGGUCCGAGGUCCCUCGAAUUAA